UGUUUAAAGAGAACGGUAGAUAUUUUUUUAAAAAUGAAAAUAUAACUGAAAAUAUAGUACAAUUAUGAUAAUAGAAUUAAAAUAAGAACAGAAAUUUUCGGUUACAAUAUGUAUUAUAAAGAUAUUGUAGGAGUACAAUAAUUAUAUAUCCCAAUAAUUACUAUCACAAAUGUUCGAAGUCGAACUGUUAUACGGCCGAUAUUGGUCAGAGUGUAGUUUAUUGAUUAAAGAAAAUAUAUCUUAAAUUAGACGUGUGAUGAGUGAAAGAUGAGGUAUAACAAGCAGGAGCUGGUGGCCCUGGCCUCGCAGACGUCGCAGAACUUCGACCGCGAGGGUGUGCUAGUCAUGAGGGAGAGACAGGACGGAUUCUUCCGUAGAUCUGAAGGGUCAACAGUUCGGUGGUUUCGUCUUAGAGGCAAUCUACUCUUCUACUUAAAAGGCCCGGAACCCUGGUAUGAACCAAUGGGCGUGAUAAUUUUGGGCAAUCAUCAAGUAAAACUACAAUCGCAAGACGAAAACGGACAUUGGCCUUUUCAAAUCGUGUGGGACAGCGGAGUCAGUUACAGAAUGGCGACAUUUCUUGAGACCGAGCGCACUCUUUGGCUGAAAGCGAUACAGUUAGCUUCCUACGACAACAUGCACUCCAGAGUUCAAGAUUUGAAGGACCGACUCAACGCCAUUCGGCCAGUCAUCGACAUCACCAACUACAGGCUGCAGAAGGGGAUCUUUGUCGACAUGAACGAGGUACCGAUCUGUGAGUUGGCGCUGUCUUGCGACAACUUGCUCUGCGACGCUCACGGCAAGCCUCCCUCGCCCAUGGUAGUCAUCUAUGCGAAGAAUCCGAAGGGACCCUGCAUUGAAUACGGUUCUACUGAGGUGGUAGAGAUGUGUAGUAACCCGAGUUUUUCGAAAACUAUUCUGUUCCGGGCCAGCGACGGUCUGAACGGCGACACCAUGAUUCGGCUCGUGGUUUACGAUGUCAAGGAACCGGUAUCGGACACCACCGUGCCAAUGGGCUUCACCAGUAUGAAGCUGAGCAUGAUACAGGAAGCCCAGAGGCUGCGCGUGUCCCUUUGCACCAAAGAGGAGAAGACGAUCGGUUUCGUCACCUUGAACGGCUGGAGUCUGGAGCCGUCUUACACAGGCACCAGUCCAGUCCACAGCAACGACAGGAGCAUCGAGAUACCGCAAAAGGUACUCUGCCACCGCAGGUCUCAAUCCCUGCCGCCACGUCUCGGCUUGAAACUCAAGUUUCCCUCGUAUGGAUCGUUGAUCAAGCAGAAUUUCCUGAACAGCCACCAAGUGACGUACAGGUUCCAAUCGGGCCUCGGUGGCGACAUAACUGUCCACGAAAUCAUGACGGAACCGAAGAUUUGCUUCUCGAUGCCGGUCCAACUGUUGAACAUUUAUAUUGAACGCGAACGAGAGCUGCUAGAGGAAUUGCUCUCGGUCGGUGAGAUCUGUAGCCAGUGGCAGAACCGGCAGCUGGAGUUAGUCAGCAACCACGUCGGUCUGCUGAAGCACUACGGACACGCCAAGAAGUGUAUGGAGAGCAUUGACGACGUUUAUUUCAAGGCUAGCUGUCGCAAGGAUGACGCUAGUUUAGAGUUCGCGCCGGUUAACUUGCACUUGCAACGUAUGUGGGUGCACAAUGACACGUUGAACAAAACCGGCUUCCAUGACAUUGUAACUGCCGGAGCUUUUGCCGCUCACACUCAUAAGACAGAGCGAUCUGGAGGAUUGAUCAGGCUGGUCCAACACGUCAAAGACAUUAAUAGCAGCAAAGCCGAGCUGCAAUCUAUUACCAAUAAGAUACAAGUCGAAUAUGACAACGUGGUGGCUCUGCGGCGUCUGAGAGACGAACUGUCCGGCGACAUGGACAGGAUCAUUAUGCUGCUUCAGGCAAAGCAGAUCGAAGAAGUUCAAGCCAUAUUGGACGGCAUUAAGAACAAGGCGAAGAGCAUUCUCGCAUUGUGGGACCCGACAGCCGUGGAGGAGACGCUGUCUUACAUCGGGUGGCCGAAAGAUUAUGGUUACGACGAAUCCGACGGGCAGACAAUGUCCACGAUCCUACGUCUGACGGAACAGAUGAACCUGUUCGAAGCCGUCAAUUCGGACUGCGAAACCCUGGACGUUUCGUCUAGCUCCAGCUCGAAGGAGGCCUCGCCCACUGAAGACGACCCGUCGACAUGUACCAGCGAACCGAGCAUGAGUUGCGACAAAAAGAAUCCAAUAUCCGAAGAAAUCGAAGAAGAACUGCAGUUCCACAACGAUUACUUCAAGACCGAGAGAGAAGAACGGAUCAGUCUAAAUAAUUCGUUCCGUUCAGUUCGUUCAGCGAAAACGACCGAACCGAGUCAUUCGCUCGAUUCGACUAAGACGAGGCACGGUAGCCUCAGAUAUGACUUUAAGAGUUCCGCCUCGCUGGAGCAGGUCUCUUAUCGAUGCCUCGUUAAUAACAACAAAGUCGAUAAGAGGAAGACGCCUCAAGGUAUAUCGGACGCACUGGACGACGUCAGUCCUCUGGAUCAGACGACCAGAGACAACAACUUUGCGUACUUGAAGGCCGUCGGAACAGCAAUCGAGGAAGCGUUGGCUUCGCUGAUUCGGUUCGUUGUCGAAAUAAUCCGAACUGCGAAUGGAGACCACACCGAAGAGCAGAUGGACGUUAUCAGAGCUCAGGCUGAAUUGCUGAAGAAGAACGUGGACGGCGCUGCGCGUUGGCUGCGCGUGUCUCACGCCGCCCUGCGUCUCCGCUGCGAAGCUCCGCUGUGGGCGCGCGAGAAUGCCGUCCUCCAAACCAGGAGGGACACUUGUUUCUCUCAGGCCUUGACGACUGUCACGUCAGGGUUGCUCUGCUGGUUAUGCUCUGUACCCAGCGAUGUGGUAGUCAAGCUGUUGUCAUCAGGCUUGGGCCCUCUCUGUGGAUUCGAGGGUCUCCUCAGUUUGUAUUCGAAUGAGAAGGCAAUGUGGGGCGACAUGGUCGUGGCCGUUGAAGAUCUUCAGACGGUCGUCUUUCAACUGUGUAAAGUCGGGCACGGUAAUCCAUCGGUACCUCAAGUGACUGGCGCCAGAGGUGCAUUGGUGGUUAAAUUACCAGUGUCGGAAUCAUUGUACUCGAAGUUUGACGUGAAGGAGCAUCUUUCGUUCACAAUAACGGCGGUGUUCUUCAACAUCGGCAUUAACGAGAAGGCGUCGCUGGCCGAAGCCCUCGGCGAAACGAUACCGCAGUACCACUCGAACAGCGAUAACUUGGACCGCCUCAACAAGUACUACCACAAGUUCUGCAAGGUCUUCCCGCAGGAUCUGGUCGCCAUCACUAGAGGCGUGAUGACAUUCAGGAAGCCGUCUUCAAGGUCGAAGCCGUUGGAGGAGGUAAUGGAGAACCUUAGGAUCUCGGUGCACAAAAAAGUGCCAAGGAACUACGAGGUGAUACAGCUGGCUUCGAUGGCCGUAAGGCAGAUGAACGGCGUAAGGUUCACGUCCUGUAAAAGCGCCAAGGAUAGGACCGGAAUGUCUGUGACCCUAGAACAGUGUUCGAUAUUGGCCUCGGAGUAUCAUCUCGCCGAGAACGAAGUGAAGAAGGCCCUUGAUAUUAUGAGAAGCGAGGGCUGUCGCCGUGCUAACACCCAAAAGAACAUCGGUGUUAGAAAAUACGCCUUCACUAAGAAGCAAGUGAUGACCCUACCGGGCGAUUACCGUCCGCCCGCCGGAACAUAUGGCAUCACCCAAACAUAAACCCGCCACGAUUAAAUUCAAAUAUAAAAACAAAAAAAAAUAAAAAAAAAUUGGCAAAGAGUAAGUACGAACUGCAAAAGAAAAAAAAUAAUAAUAAUAAUAAAAACGGUUUGCCAUCAUUGGUGAUGGAACGAUCUUUGUGCGCAAAAAGUAUAAUAAAUUUCAUUCCUUUUAUUUUAUAAUAGUUUGGUUUUACAUAAACUUACUAGAUCAAAACUAAAACCACUAUUUAACAAAUUCAAAAUGAGUAUAACAGGUCUGGUCGCAAGUUGAUUCAUUAUACGAUUUACAUAAAAAAAGUACAAUUUGGUUCGUCAUAAUUACGUUAAAAUAUUUUUUUAUCAUAUAUUAAAAAUCAAAAAAAAUUGUUUCAUUUUUCAAA